AUGGGAAAGUUGGCAGCUACCAUAACCGAUAUAGCGCGUUAUAGACUAACAAGUCGACAGCUUACAGAUAAUGUGGGCGUACCAGGUACAGAAGCAACCCCGCACCAACGAACAGCUCAGCUGUCGCAGAUGCAGGCUGGUGCAGACACCGCCGAUGCAUUUACAGCUAAAACAGCUGCCACCCCUGCAAACCCUAAAACCCUUGCAAGCGGUGCCCAGACGACACUAGGCUUCAAUCCACAGCAACUUGCCGCCAUUGUGCUGGAGGAAAAGGAAAGAAAUUUGGCAAAGCUCGCGAAACAGAAAGCAGAGCAGGAAGAGAGUCAGGCUACUUUAGAGAAGCGAUACGAAGAAAUUGAGACUAAACGUAACCAACUAUCGACGCAAGCCAACCCGACAUUGGAGACGAGUGCAGAGCAGGAGAAGCUGAGACAGGAAGCGCAGCAGAUCAAUCAGGAGCUUUUGCAGAUAUGGAUAGAGCUGGCGGGCAUCGUCGCCAAUUUAGAGCGUUACAGAAUUGCAUUUCCUCAAUCCGGUGCAGUGGGCGCGAUACCGGCGACUGUAGAGUCAACUGCAGCGCUUCUGAAUGACGCGUUAACGCUUUCUGUGACAGCGGCUGAAGAUACCGCAGACCAAUCAAAUAGAAAUACCAGCACCAUACAAAGCACUGGGAAUAAAGACGUCGCAGUGGACGAUGAGCCUUGUAUGAACGAUGCGUUGCGAAGAAUUGACGUAGACGAAAAGAUGGAGGAACUAUCAAAAAUUAGCCAACGAGAGCGAUCUGCAUCUCAAGAAGCGGAGGAAACAGUGCAGGCCACGGUGAAUGGCUAUUCACAACAGACACAGAUUCCGCUCAACCAAACGCACCUACAAGCACUCACGCCGCAGCUUUCUGUGACAGCGGCUGAAGAUACCGCAGACCAAUCAAAUAGAACUACCAGCACCACACAAAGCACUGGGAAUACAGACGUCGCAAUGGACGAUGAGCCUUGUAUGAACGAUGCGUUGCGAGGACUUGACAUAUACGAAAAGAUGGAGGAACUAUCAAAAAUUAGCCAACGAGAGGCGUCUACGAUAGGAGCAGGACAUAGUGCCACCACAGUGGUGGCGGAUGGCGUCACGAGUCGAGAGAUCUCCCCAGUAACGGCCGUUGGCAAUAGUACUGAAGUGCCUGGCUCGACUACAGACUGUAGGACUUACAUCGAUGUAGAUGCCAUGGAAGACACCAUCGGCCCAGCAAUGGUAGAAUUCUGUGUACAGAGUGGUCAGUGUGUAUGAUAGGUACUCAACAGUCUCUCGCAUGCUUUUUGCAACCGGGUUUGUUCGAGAAACUACGCCCGAGAAGGUUUAAAUAGAAUGGAUCAAUAGUUCCUCAGCAUUCAGGCCACAAUUAAGUUCGGCUUAGCUGCGCAGACCCCAUAGCUUAGUUGGUAGCAUCAUAGCAUGGUAAAGUCCAAUACAAGCCGGCCUAGAUCCUUCUUCUGCGUUCAUUUGUCAGGAAAGGGCAGUUUCGUUCCGAAUCGUGGAGUAGUCUGUUAAAUCUGCUUUUUAAUCUUGUACAUCUACAGCUCCGCAGAAACAUACCCGAUGAAGGCGUCAUAGAUGUAGAUCGCCUCUACGAGGACUCUGUUGAAGCUUCGUUCAAUAGUAUGCAGAUUUAGAAAUUUUUGGCGGUUUGCCAUAUGGCACAGAGGUACAAAGCGAUAGCGCCGAACGAGAAGCACCAAAAUCAGCUUGGCUAAUAGUGAAUGAGGUUUAAACUUUGUGUUCAUAGUUGGCCUCGCUGCCUGUUUACGAUGGCCAUAUACAGACAUUGUUACCCUCUUUCUUUGACCCUUAAGAUUACUCAAGAGUCUACGAUCCAGCGGGAGUCCACAAAUUGAACAUCAAAUGAAAUUAGCUUCCUGAAGCCGUGCAAACUUUGAUGUCCAUAACAGCAUCGGAUAACUUUGUGCAAGUUCUUACAAUUUCUCGGGGUACUAUCACUCCUGACAGAGCCGAUAACAAAUAGUUUUAGCCGAAUUGCGAGCAAUCCUGUAUUAAAUGAAUAAAAGUAACAUCCGUACA